UGCAGCUCUGUUCCGGGUUUGGUGUGAACCGUCUCUCAGCACUGACUCUAUAUUAAAUUAGCUGCACCCUUCAGUGGUGAGGAGGGAAAAAACACCGCGUUUAUUGCCACGGCGUUCAGCUCGUUUCUGUUCUGGUUGUGUGUCGGAUCUCAUGUCACCCCUGAGUGUCGGUUCCGAGUCACAUCGCUGCAUAGAGAGAUGUUUAGUUUGGUUCAUUGAGCUGUGGACAAAACCCUGCUUUCUCUCUGCAGAGAAACCGCACACUUUCACUUAUAGUCUUUAAAGGGUUUUACCGGGUUUAAAGCAGUAAUAAGUGCAAUAUGAAAGGAGAUUGAUGUCCACAGACUUUUUGUGGAUCUCAUAAGGUUUGAUUGGCCGGACAAAGUGACUUGUAGGGUGUUUAUUUUUUUUGUAAACAACUUGUCGGUGUUAUGGUGGACAUGCUAAAGACUCGUCGGUGUUUGUUCUGUGUCCGCACUUUCUUCGGCUUGACGUCCAAAUUAUGGAGUUUAUUCUUGUAUAUCCUCAGGAAACCCUUAAGAACGAUUAUCCAAUAUCAGACAGUGAGAUAUGACACUUUACCUUUGUCACCGUUGUCUAGAACCAGACUUGAUGCAGUAAAGCGGAAGAUUCUGGUUUUAGACCUCGAUGAGACAUUGAUUCACUCUCAUCACGACGGGGUUCUGAGACCAUCAGUAAAGCCUGGGACUCCACCAGACUUUAUACUUAAAGUUGUUAUAGAGAAGCACCCAGUCAGAUUCUUUGUGCAUAAAAGACCCCAUGUGGACUUCUUCUUGGAGGUGGUCAGUCAGUGGUAUGAGCUUGUAGUGUUCACUGCAAGCAUGGAAAUCUAUGGAUCUGCAGUAGCGGAUAAGCUGGACAACAACAAAGGCAUCUUGAAACGCAGAUACUACAGGCAGCAUUGCACGCUGGAUCUGGGUAGUUAUAUAAAAGACCUGUCAAUCAUACAUGGUGAUCUUUCCAGUAUAGCCAUUCUUGACAACUCUCCUGCAGUGUAUCGCAGUCAUCCAGAUAAUGCAAUACCUAUAAAAUCAUGGUUCAGUGAUCCCAGUGAUACAGCACUUCUAAACCUUCUGCCAAUGUUGGAUGCAUUAAGAUUCACAGCUGAUGUUCGGUCUGUUCUUAGCCGAAACCUGCACCAGCAUCAACUCUGGUGAUCGUUCCACCGAGAGACACUGAGUUAUGUUUUUAACUUCUCCUCAUCCGGACUCUGCCUCUCAGUUCCUAUCCCUCUUUCUUACAACAGCAGCAUGAGUGCGUGAUCAGGUGAACUUGCUAAUGAAAACUGCAAACUGAACUUGCUUGAAGGAAGGAAUAUACCUCUGUGUAUUUUCCGUCUCAAUACUGGAGUUUUGAAUUUUUUCUGGAAUGACUGUGCUCAAUCCUGUGAGCUCGGUUACAGAACCCUGAAGAGACAGUUUUAUUCAUACAGUGCCAUGGUUUUAAUACGACAGACUUGAUUAGUCUGCAUUUCUCAGGUUAUUGGAAAUGGACAGUGUUUUCCAUCUUGUGAUUAUGUGCAUGAGAGAAAACUGAGCAGUAAUUUUUUUAGUCCCUGUUUCUACUACUCACGAAAGUGAGUGUAAACAGGUGUUUUUGAUUUUUCUUUUUUUUUCUUUCCCCCCUUUUUUUUGCCUAAUGUCUAAUUUGGACAGAGAAAUAAGUGGAACAUCUAGAUGUCCUUAGUUUCUUGAUCCAUACAAUGUUGUCAUAACACAUUUUGAGGUUAUUGGACUGUUGUUAAUGUGCCAUGUUUAAUGACAGGAGUAUUUAAUGGUUUAUGUUUUUAACGGACAAAUUUUAGUUGGCAAUUUGACUUUUUUUUUUUUUUUUUUUUUUUAAUCCUUCUGAACAGCAUCCGGUACGUUAGUGGGAUGCUUUCAGAGAAGUAAGUCUUCUGUACAAACUUCAGAAUAAAAAAAAAAAUGCAACAUGUUCUUCACACACAUUUAUAAAGAAAUGCAAGGGAUGAAUAUUGUGUUGUAGGUGUCUGUAUAAAUGUACUGAACAGUUGGCUAAGCAACUGCUACUAUUUUGUUUUUAUGUUUACCUGCUCAUUAGUAUGAGAUACUGCUCAGGUCUCAGGGCAGCUUCCUUGGACUCCAGUCCUGAGAUUAAUAAAACACAUGACAUUGUGAA